CAUAUAUAUAUGUGAGUUGGGUUUAAAUGAGAGGCAGAGCAAAAAUAUCAAGGAAGCUGUCGUUUCUCUAUUCCAUCGGCCUGCUACGGGUGUGAGGCUAUUAAAUAUUUAAAUGUGUAAUUCGCACUCCGACCUGAGUAAGGUAGCAAUAGGCAAGACAGAGUCUCGUCUGCCAGAAACGCACAAGAAGAAGAAGGAGAGUCUGGCACGAAAGAAGCGGUUGCUAUGGCCGACAUGUUUCCAUAUCAACUAUAAAUGGACCUAGCUUGUCGUGGUAAACUAGCCAGAGAAGGAGAAGGGAAUGGCAGAGACAACAGAGAGCAAGAAGGAGGAGGCCGAUUACAAGAGGCUGCACAGCUUCCCACUCAUCAGGCACACAGACAUGCCAGAAGAGAUGAGAGUGGAAACGAUGGAACUGUGUGUCACAGCCUGUGAGAAGUUUGCCACCAAUAAUGAGAAUGCUGCGAAGAUGAUCAAAGAGUCGAUGGAUAAAAAGUUUGGCAGCUCGUGGCACGUGGUGAUUGGUGAGGGCUUUGGCUUCGAGGUGACACACGAGGUCAAGAACCUGCUCUACAUGUUCUUUGGAGGCAGCCUGGCCGUGUGUGUGUGGAAGUGUGCUUAGCACACACACACAAACACACAGGCACACACACACCCCUCCCACCCAGUCUGUCUCUACCUAACGAGUGUGUAUAUAUUUAUAUACACAUCCUGGAUGAUUGGUGAAUCUCUGAGCUUUGCAGUAUUUUUCUUUGUUAUUUACUGAUUGUGUGUGUGUGUGUGUGUGUGUGUGUGUGCACCUGCCUGCCUGCCUGUGAUGUCCCAUACAUCAUUGAUUGAUUAGGCUGAGUCAUAAUUGAUAUAUUGUAUUCAAUAUCAGCAUGUCACACUCUUGCCUUGUGUGUGCCCGAACAUUAUGAAAAUGACCAAGUUUUAUCUGUAUACAAAUGUGAUCAUUUCUACAGAGCAGUGAGUUCACUGCAUGAAGGAGUCUGCUGUCUCCUACUAUCCUACUGAUGGAAUUCAGUGGGGCUGAAACACUUGCACUCUCUUUCCCUAUUACUUUCUGCUCUACUUCUUUAACUCGAGGCGGUGUGUGUGUGUUCUCAUCAACAUCUCCUCAUGCUCACCUUUUGAAAAAAAUGCAUCCAGCUCUGUCUUUCCUCCAUUCCGCUUGUACGUUGGCACACUGUCGUCGCGGUGGGCUGCCAUGCCAUCUGCUGAAAAACAUCCUUACACACAGAAACACACACUCUCUCAGUCUCUCUCAUUGCUCUCAAUUCACACGGUCUCUGUUUCUCCAAUCCUCUCUAUAGAGGAUUUUUUUAUCUCCUUCUAUAGUAGUAUACCUUUAGUCUUCACCUUUCAGACAUGAGUCCCAUAAGUCACCCUUGUCUGUGUCUCUACUCCUCCUAUAACUGAUAAGAUAUCACAGGGACUUUUAUAUCCUCUCAAUGUACAUUAAAUACUUGAAUUUGAAUGUGAAGAUGGAAUCUGAUUUUGUAAAUGAUCAUCAUGGGCUUUUUAUGAAAGAGCUUAUUGUUGAAAUAAUAGUUAUUUUCUGUCACGCCAAUGUUAUAAGAUAGUCAUGGAUAGGUGUCGUUGUUGUUCUGAAUUUGUAUCACAACUGAUGAUAUUACAUGAGCUCUUCUGACUCCCUAGGCCUAGGCAUUGCAUUUCAAUGGAUAUCAACUAGGCAUACCAUCUCAAUGCCACAUAGAAUCCUUUAUGUUGUCAACUGUGGAUGCAACCAGGUACCAUAACACCGAUGCAUUGUAUUGCUGUUUUCACUUCAACACUGUGUGUUUGCAUACAUUCAUAAAUUCAUUGCACAUGAAAUUAUUUCUGAAAGUGAUAAAAAUGUUUUAGUUUUUUCAAA